AGAAUGUGGGGGGGACCCCUGACUAACUUCUCUGCCCUUUUCUCCAGUCUGCACGAGAAGAGGGAAUGCUGAGGCAGUGAGGCCAGCAGGAACACAGGAGGAAACAGAGAAGGAACAGUGGAACAAGCCAGGGUUUUGUGUUUUUGUUGUUCUUGUUCUUGUUGGAUUACUUCUCCAAACACCACAGACUCCAUGUUCUGUCUCCAAGCAUGAAGGACUGAUACACCCUCCUGCACAUUCUAGUCAACGUAGGUAAGAUCUGGAAUUAGACCUGAAAUUCACCAUGGAAGCACCUGGGACAAUGUCUCUCACCCUGGCCAUCCUCCUCACCCUACACCUCCACCGCCACUCCGUCCUCCUGGUCUGGGGGGCCAUGGACUCCUGCUACGAUGACGACGGGCGGCCCAGCCGCUGCAUGCCCAAGUUUGAAAACGCCGCCUUCAACCGCAGCGUGCUGGUGUCCAACGCGUGCGGCACGCCACCUGAGGACUACUGCAUGCAGACGGGCUCCACGCGGCUCUGCCACCGCUGUGACGCCGCCGACCCCGAGCACAGCCACGGCGCCCGCCUGCUCACAGACUUCCACACGGACCAGGAGCCCACCUGGUGGCAGAGCCAGUCCAUGUUCUACGGGGUGCAGCACCCCAACUCUGUCAACAUCACCCUUCACCUGGGAAAGGCCUUCGAGAUCACCUAUCUGCGCCUGAAGUUCUACACCAGCCGCCCGGAGAGCUUCGCCCUCUACAAGCGUCUGGAGCAGGGCGGGGCCUGGCUGCCCUACCAAUACUACAGCGGCUCCUGCCUCAAGACCUACGGCCGGGACGCCAAGGGCUACCUGCGGCCCGGGGAGGACGAGCGCAGCCCCGCCUGCACCGAGGAGUUCAGCGACAUCUCGCCACUCACCGGGGGCAACGUGGCCUUCUCCACCCUGGAGGGCCGGCCCAGCGCCUACAACUUCGACCAGAGCGUGGUGCUGCAGGUGGGGGUCGUGUGUGUGUGUGUGUGUGUGUGUGUGUGUGUGUGUGUGUGUGUGUGUGUGUGUGUGUGUGUGUGUGUGUGUGUGUGUGUGUGUGUGUGUGUGUGUGUGUGUGUGUGUGUGUGUGUGUGUGAGUUUGUGAGGGAGUCAGUUUGUGUGUGUGUUUGUGCGUUUGAGAGAGUGUGUGAGUGAGUGAUUGUGUGUGUGUGUGUGUGUGUGUCACAUUCCAUUGACUUUUUAAAACGAUUGUGAUGACAUUUCAAUGGAUCACCACCACCAUAACCGGUCCAGACAAACUAGGGGAUGCGCCAAGAACUCGACUAGAUUGCACAACAACGCCGUAGUGAAUCUCAGCAUAUCUUCCACGCCAGUUCUGAUGAGGAUUGAUAACUACUAACGUCCCCCGCAGAUUGGUGCGAUGACUUGCAGAUAGACUGUGAAGGUAGAGUUCAAGAGUUCACCAAACCUGUCCAUCUGUUGAUGGGUGUGUGCACCUUACUGCGUGUGUGUUUCUGCGUAUUUAUUUGAACUUCUGGUCAAAGUUGCUGAACUGAAUUGAACUUUGACCUAAACUGAGAGGAAAUCAAUAUCCAACAGUAUCCAGUCCUUAUUGCCACUGUGGGACAUAAGAACCAAGGGUAUGUUUAGUCUUGUCAUGAAAUCCAUAUUUAUUUUGAGUGUCUUAUUAAUAACUAGGUUAGCGGACAUCACACAAACUUACACCAGUUGAGUAAGGAAAAUACCAAUGGGAAUAUAUCGACACAAAUCUAUGAGCAUGAUCUCUUUAACAAUGCAGUAGCAGUUUUGUACCAAACAAGAACCGAACCACAAUGAUGAGUUUGUUUGGAAAGUGUCAGAUUUGUUAACUUUGUUGUGGCAGGUUGUGAACAGAGGGACCGAGGAGUCCAAGGUUCUAAACUGGUUCUAUCUUGUCAAUCUUGUCUAACACUGAAAAGAUACAAGGAAGUUCACCUGGUGAUUUCAAUUACAAAGGAUGGACGACUAAUCAGGAGUUUAAGAAGUCAAAGUCAGUUGUUGAGAUGCUAAGGAGAUGGCUUUGGAAGCUUUCAGAGAAGGGAAGCGUGAUGUGUUGCAUCACUGGAUGGACUUCUGCAGCAUCUUACGCCUCCCAUCACGUUAGCCAGGGAAGAAUACAUCGGCUCAAGACAAAAAGUCAACCAUUACAACAAUUGGUGAUAUUAUCUACCCUGAAAAAGUUUAUAGAU